GAACGGAAAAUGAAACGCAUUGCCGCCACCGACCGGAUCUUGACUUCUGCUCUCUCUCUCUCUCUCUCUCUCUCCGGCGGCGAAAUUAGGGUUCGAAUUCCAUGGCACCAAAACGUCCCACUCCAGCCGACGAGCAGCCGCCACCGGCCGUCUCCUCUGACGAGGAGUCCUCUGAGUCCGUAAGGUCCGAGGAAGAAGAAGAAGAAGACGAAGAAAAUGAGUCUUACGACUCCGACGAGCCGAAGGGGACCCAACAGAAGGGUCCACAACCCAAACCCUCCUCCGCUCUACCGCCGCGUGCUCAGUCUAAGCCCCAGAAGCCCGUUUCUUCUUCCGAGUCCGAAUCGGAGUCCGAGUCUGAAGAUGAGCCGACCGCUAAACUCAUUGCGCGUCCAAACCCUAAACAGCAGAAGUCCGCUGCUUCUUCCGAGUCGGAUUCCGAGUCCGACGAGCCAAAGGGGAAGCCGGCUGAAAGCGAUUCGGAGUCCGAUUCCGAUGUCACGCCUGUGGUUGCGGCGAAGCCUGUGGAGAUCCAGGGAACCCCGCAGUCCAAGAAACUGAACCUGAAGCGGCCGCGGAGUGAGACGACUUCUGCAGCAGAGGAUGCUGCAAAGACCCCUUCGAAGAAGUCUACAGCCACUUCUCGGAGCAGCCACAGCACAGGCGAGGAGUCGUCCAAGAAGACGCUCUUCCAGCGGGUUUGGAGUGAGGAAGAUGAGAUAGCCCUCCUCGAGGGCAUGAUCGAGUUCUCGGAGAAGAGGGGCGUCGAUCCUUCCACAAAUAUCAACAGCUUUCAUGAGUUCAUCAAGGAUAGGCUCCGUUUCGACGUUGUUCAGGGGCAACUGGUUACCAAGAUUAGGAAUUGCAAGAAGAAAUUUAUGAAUAAGAUUGGAAAGGAUCGGGUCUUCUCGAGGCCCAACGACCAGAGGGCUUACGAUCUCUCCAAGAAGCUCUGGGACUCGCAAGAGGGGAUUAUCGGAGAGAGCGUCCCCAAGGCCAAUGGGACUGCUACCAAGAAGAAGAAGAAGACUGCAGGGAACACCUCGGCUGCCAUGGUUGUUCCCCCUUCGCCUCCGACGAAGGUUAAAGGCAAGGAUGAGAUGGCGGAGACCCAGCACGGUGAUGCCACCUCAAUGUCCCUCUGCGAGGUUGAGCUGUCUCGAUUUUCGGGCGGCCGUCUGAAUUGUAGUUUCUUGAGGAGAGGGCUGGAGUCGAUCAACGGUUCAAAGAGGGAAGAGAUGGAAAAGGAGUGGGAGAAGCUGCAAGUCGCUGAGCUGCAUCUCCAAGCAAAUCGGGCUCGGCUGGUUCAGGAGCAUACAAACUUGAUUAUGAAUGCGUACAAUAAAUCUGAUCAGUAAUGUUCGAGUUGGUUAGUAGAUUUUGCUUGAAAAGGUUUACUCUGUGCCUCUCACUGUUCGGUAUUUCCGUCUCAGUUUAUAUGAACCAUGUGGAUAGUGUCGGUUAUCCGAGGUUGAUGAUCUUAUCGAUGUACUUUUGAAUCUUUAAUUUAAUAUGCUUGUUUUUUUGAUAA